AUGUCUACUAAAAGAAGUCGGCCAUCAGAAAAGUCAUCACUUCUCCUUCCAACCACUUCUCAACAACCCACACAGAUCUCUUCAGAGGAAGAGUACACUGAGGGAGAAGAUGACUCUCUGAAAGAGAAAAGGUAUCUAGAUGAAGAUGACUAUCUGGAGAAGGUAAAGUAUCUAGAGGAAGAUGACUAUCUUGAGAAAAUGUAUCAGAAAGGAAAGGAGUCUCUGAAGGAACGAGCAUCUCUGAAGGAACAGGAGUCUCUGAAGGAGAAGAAGUAUCUACAGAAGGAAAAAGAGCAUUGGGAUGAAGAAGACCAUCUGGAAAAGGGACUCAAUGUGAUUUAUACAUCGUUCACCCUGCCUAAUCUUAAUGAGAGAAGCCCAACUGCUGGCGUCUCUCAGACGAACAUCUUCUUCACCGUCACUUCUCCCACCUCUGAAUUUGCCAGCAAGUCUCCUCAGCCUUCCACGGAGCCUUCUGCGGCCUCCAAGAAGGAUAGCAGAAGAUCCAUGCCCUGGCAAGACCGGGGCACGCAGACAGAAAGCGCCUAUGACAGCCAGAAACCUUCAACAUCAAAACAAAAAUUAGAGCAAGAAGCCCUAACAAUACUACAGAUUCCAAAGUUGGAUUCAGAAGUAUAUGAAGUGCCACAGGAGGAAGAAAAUGCCACGACGUCCGCCCCUCCGACUAGCGUGUAUAAUACUGUGUUAACUGAGAACCUUGACAAACUGAGUGACGUGGACCUCGAGGACACUCUUUUUAAGAGCUCCUACCACGCAGUGUUUCUGACCAUGAUGAAAGAGCAGGCUGUGCACCACGGACCGCAAGAGGAUGUUGAGAUCCCCCUGACCGGCCAACUGGAGAGUGAAACCAGAAAGAAACUGAGAAGUCUGAUGAAGACCAACAUUGAAAAGUACAAGGAAGUAAUUCACUGGAUUAUGGAGAAACGUGGAUGUAAGGAAUUCUCUACCAUUUUCCAUUUCAGACAUUCAGAUGCGGUUACUCACACGUUUCAUUUAUUGAGCCACGCACCACCAACUGAGGAGCCCAAUAUAGAAGGAAGAAAACCCCUUUUUGUUACUCGUCGUAAAAAGGAAUUUGAUACAAAAAUACAUAUAGAGAGUGUAAAGAGCAAACCUAAGAUGGAUCAAGAUGACAAAAAUUUAAUUAUCCACCCCAAUGAGAAUGUCUUUCGAAUUCUCUUUUCUGAUGAAUCAGGCCAGAUAUAUUACCCAUCAGGACGGCUGGCUAUGCUUUUCUUCCAUACAAAACCGGGCCAGACCACAUAUAUCAUCCUGGACAACAGUGAGGAGGCUUUUGUUCGGGCCCUUAUCAACAACUCCGGCCAUGUCACCAUCUAUGAUGAAAACAGAGAGAUCUGGUUGAGCCUGAGCCAAAACCUGGGCUACUACUUUGCCAAAGACAAGCACCAGAAGGCCUGGAACUGGUGGAACCUGGACCUGCACGUGCACGCGCCCCCCCUCCAGUCCAUCUCCUUAGACAUCAACCGGCACAUCAAGGUGCACGUCAAGAGCCAAGAUGAGGUCAUCUUCUGCUUCGCCCACAAGACAAGACGCAUUUCCUUAAACCUGGGCACCAAGUACGGGUUCAUCAACCCAGAGAAGCUGAGUGAAAUGAAGAUGAAAGCAAUUCUGGAGGUGGAAUUUGAUUCAACAGCUCGGAAGAUUCAGGUCCUUCUGGGGAAAAUGAGUAGGAUCCUGAAUUUCCUGACCAUCCGUGAUCUGGAAAUCUUCAUAGAGAGCUCCACAAGCUUCCUGCUGGCCUACAGGAGGAGGAGGAGGUGGUUUUAG